AAAAAAAAACGUUGUUGUCUCAUUGCAACACCUCUUUUCUCUUCUUCUUCUUGUUGUGUUCCUCUUCCCAAUUCUUGUUUCAACAAUUUCAAAAAUGUUGAUAGAAUUAACAGACGACAUAAUUCUCAACAUACUGUGGAAGGUUGAAGAAGACCCACGUGAUUGGGCUCGUCUUUCAUGUGUCUCCACAAAACUCUUUUCUCUCAUCAGAGAUUUUUGUUGGAACAAAAAAUCUUCAUCCACCAUCCCUUCUGAACUUCUCUCUUCAUCUUCUUCAGAUCUUUCCCUUCACAAACUACCCUUUUGUUGUCCUGGUCCUAUUCACGCUGGUAUCCUCUUCGAUACCUACGAUGAUUUCUCCGACCAACAACAACCGACAACGACAACUUCAUCUUCUCUUCAUGUUCAACCACAAACCAAUGAAAAUCCUUCUUAUUGGUCACUUUUUGAUGAUCUUUAUCAUGAUACCCUUUAUGCUGAUUCCGAACAUCAACGUCAACAUCAACAGCAGGAACUCGACCAAUCUGAGAAUUCUCAGAUUCGUCGAGGUGUUGUUGAUGUUCCGCGCGAAACUAAGAAGAGAAAAAUUUGUGGAUCAUUGAGUUCACAUUUAGCUUCAGGGAAAUGGAACUUGAGUAGGGAACAAGGAAGUAAACUACUUGCGAGACAGUUUCGUGAUGAUUGUUUAUACAUUUGUGAUUGGCCAGGUUGUGUUCAUUUGGAAGAGAAGAGAACGUACAGAAUUUUCAGAGGGGUUUUUAGGAAUUUCGAGAAGACACGUGUUUGGAAGACGGUGAACGAUUGUAGUAAUCGAAGGAAACUUGAUUUGCCUUGUGCUUUUUGUUCUUGUAAACAUACUUGGGAUCUUCAUUCUGCUUUUUGUUUGAGGAGAGGGUUUGGUUUUCAUGAUGAUGGUGAACCUGUUGUUCGUGCUUAUGUUUGUGAUAAUGGUCAUGUUUCUGGUGCUUGGACUGAUGUGCCUAUGUACACUUGAUCAUCAUCAUUCUCUUUAUUUGUAAUUUUUUAUUUUCUUUCAUGUUCUGUCUUUUAUUAUUUGAAUUUAAUCAUUGUUGUUAAUUGUUUCUGCAAUAUGGGAGGAAACAUCUCUUAUAGUUGUAUUUGUAUUCCAGAUUUGUAGCUUUUCAUCUUAUUAUUAUAUUAUUAAGUUUGUGUGGUUUCAAGAGUUUUGUCUCAA